GCUGAGCAGACACGCAGCAGCCUGCAGAUACAGCAACAAGCUCAGCAUACCAAGCAAGGGCCACCAGCAGUCAGCCUUACACAGCACAUCACGCCAUAUUGUAAUGCUUUGAGUGCUGCAUGUUGCAUAUCGCGCCGCACUCUGAAGAUGACUCCGCGCUGUGCAGGAGAACUCCAUGAGUUCCAUGGACGGCGACCCAGAUGCAGCCAUGGAUAAGCUCCGCGAGAUGGUGGCAUCGCUGCAGAAAGAGCUAAAGGCUAAGGAGUCGGAGGUGCGCGCCGCCCGCUACUGCUCCACAUGGGUCAGCCAGCGUGCGGAGGCACGUGGGAAGCAGGGCGGUGGCGGUGCCGAGCACUCGCCCACGGCGUCCCCGCCACACGCACGUGCGGGCGCUGCACCGCCUGCAUGGGCAUCGCCUGCCGCCAACCCCGGCAGCGAUGCGGGAAGCCAGCUGCCCACGCCCAUCUUCACGCGCCGGCUGGCUGCCCGGUCGCAAGCUCUGCAGUCGCCGUCGGCUGCCCAGGGUGGCCUCUCGACAGUGCAGGUUGCGCUGAUCGCCGCGGAGCGCGAGGUGUUGUCGCUCCGGUCGCAGCUGUCCCACCGGCAGCAGCACAUCAAACUGCUGGAACAGCGCCUGCUCGAGCAGUCGCAGGACAUUGCCGCCAUGUACGGCCGCGGCGAUCCCGCCCUGGCGGCCAGCCCGCUGGGCUCCCGCCGCGCCUCCUUCGCGGACCGCCGCCACAUGCCAGUGCUGGGCACCGAGGUGCUGCAGCCGCAGAAGGCGUGGGAGUUCACGACCGAGAGCGCGGCGGAAGGCGACAGCUCAGAUGGCAACCUGGCAUCGCACAUGCGGCCACAGGAUACACCGACUCGGAGCGCCAGCAUUGUUGCCGGCCGCGGCGUGCAGGCGACAAUCACAGAGGAGGACGGGGAUUCGGGAGCCAACGCGGAGGCGCUGGCGGAGGCAGAGGCCCGCAUUUCUGAGCUACAGACUCAGCUGGACUACGCGCGACAGCUGACGGCACAGAUGCGCGACGCCGCCGCCCGCUCGGGCUCGGAGCUGCUCGACCGUGACCUCACCGUCCGCGCUCUGGAGGCACGUGUGGAGCAUUACCGCACCCUGCUUGCAGCGGCAGCUGGUCGGCGGUCAGUGGAGCCUGCCACCAAUGCCAGCCAGGCUGCUGUGGGUAAUGAGAGCGCCGUGGAGCGCAGCCCGCCAGCGCCGCGCAUUACUAUGGAGGACAUGCCCGACAACUCCCGCGGCAGCACGCCUGGCGGCGGCUCGGCACCAGCGAUAAAUGAGGGCACGGCGGCGGCUGCCGCCGCCGCAGUUGCCGCCGCCGCCGCAGUUGCUGCCGCCGCCGCAGUUGCUGCUGCGGGUUCAACCGUGGACCUGUGGACGCCCGAGGGUGGCAGCCGCCUGGGCGCGACACCCGCCGUCGGCCAGCAGCCCCGCCCCAACAGCGGCGGCCGCACGCGGCAGGGCAGCGGCCAGCUGCUGGUGCGCGCCAAUAGCAACGCACGCCGGCAGGCGGAGGAGCUCAAGCGGCAGCUGGCGGAUGUCGCGCAGCUCCUGAGUGGCAUCAAGGCGUCCCUGGGCACUACCACCGGGGAGCUCAACACGCUGCAGGGCCAACUCGACACGCUCAGUAAGGAGGACGCGCCCACCACCACCACCACCGCCGCCGCUCCGCUGCGCAAUCUGGGCUUUGCCGCCACCGGCCACAGCUCCGACGCGGAGGAGGAGCAAGAGCCUGCGGCCGCCGCCGCCGCUGCGCAGCGCAUGUCGCUCAUUGAGGCGGAGGCCGGCGUAAACGCCAGCGGCGGCAUUGCCGCCAAGGCUCAGCAGCUGGAGGCGCUGCAGGCGCAGCUGGACGAGGCGGCCCGGCGUGUGGCGGCUUCGCAGACGCAGCUGGUGGCGGUGCUGGACGAGUCCGAGAGCCGGCAGGGCUCCGCUGGCGGCCUGUCGGCCUUCGGCUCCGUGCUGGCGCCCAUGCAAUCCACACCUGCGGUCAGCGAGGCGGCCCAAGAGGAAGGCGAGGAGGUCACGGUGGACAAGACUGCGGGUGUCCGCGCGCGCACGGCUACCUCUGACAGCCCUGCCUCGCCGCAUGGCGCCUCCGCCGAUGCGGCGGCGGCGAAGCCCGCCCAGUCGCCCAGCUUCACCCCGGCGCUGGUCAUCAACCCCAUGUUCACCAAGGACGCGUCCGACAGCGCAAGCCCCGGAGCCCGCGGCGCUGGCCCCGCCGGCGCCACCUCCGUUCACCGCAACCUGCUGUUCGAGGGCCCACAGGCUGCGGAGGUUGAGGCCACGGAUGCCUUCAGCGUCCUUGCCAACCGCGCUAACCCGCCCCAGGCAAAGGCUGGACUGCAAUCUAAGCUGGACGAGGCUGCCAGCCUACCUACGUCCCCUGGCGCGGUGUCAGCGACCGGUACCGGUGCGGGCACGUCCGACGGCCGCUCUGAGCCCCGUGCCGGGCUGCCGCCCAUGCCGCCUCUCACUGGCACGCCGCCACGGCCCGCGACGUUUUCGCUGGCCGGUACACAUGGCCCCAUGUCACCUCUGGCGCCGUCUGUCGCGGGCUCGGUGCCGCGCUGGUCUUUCGACGGCCGCCAGGGCACCGGCGAGACCCCUGGCAGGCCCUACGCCGCCAGUGUUUAUAGCGAUCUUGGCAGCGAGCUGUCGCAGCGCGUGACGGAGCUGGAGGAGGAGAUGUACACAGAGCGCAACACCUUUGCUGACCAGGUCAUAACGCUCAAGCGCGCCAAGAAGGAACUGGAAGCAAAGGUCAAGGAGCUCAACACGGAGCUGAACCUCAAGUCACAGCAGAUCGCAAUGCUUGAAGGCAAGGGCCCUCGCGGCAAGAGGCAGUCGGAGCACAUGAUGUCGGACCUGCACCAGACCGUCGCCGGCCUCACCGGCGAGGUAGCGGCCAAGGAUGCGACCAUCCGCGCGCUGGAGGCGCGCAUCGAGGACCUGGAGCAAGCCCAGUCCCGCUCCACGCGCCUGAUUUCCUCCGAUAUCGCGGACCUCAAGCGGCAGCUGGAGGCGGAGGUGGCAGAGAAGGAGGCCAUGCGGGCGGCGCUUGCUGAGGCCGACGGCGCCAUCGUGGCGCUGCAGAGCACCCAGAUCGCAGCGGUGCAGCGCGCCGAGUCGUUGGAGGAGGAGCUGGCGCAGGCGCGGCGCCUGGCCGCGGACCUGGAGCGCAUUAUUGCGCAGCUGAAGGCCUCGCACCGUGAGGUGGAGGGCGCUUCCGCGACCACGCUGCAAGAGCUGCAAGACCUCAAGACGCGCGUGGCGCAGCUGGAGGACGAGCUGCAGGCUGCCGCCGACGACCUGGCUGUUAAGAGUGAGCAGGUGGGGGCUCUGUCGAGCGACCUGCAGCAGCAGCGCGAGGCGCGGGAGAAACUGGAGAAGGAGGCCGCGGCGGAAGCGCAGCAGGCACGCGCCCGCUCCGGCGACGCCGAGCUCCAGCUGACCGUGCUGCAGAACCGCCUUACCUCAAUGGAGGAGCGGGCCUUGGAGGCUGAGGCCAAGGCACUGGAGCUGGCCACGUCCCUGGGCGCUGCCGGCUCCGACCGCGAGCACCUGCAGACGAAGGUGGACGAGCUGGGCCGCGCAGUGACCGCCGCGAAGGAGGAGCACACCCGCGCCACCACGACACUGCUGGGCGCGCUGUCGGAGGCGGAGCAGCGUGAGGCGUCACUGCAGUCGCAGCUGGAAGCGGCGAAGGAGCAGCUGGCGGAGGUGACGGAGAGGCUGGCGGAGGUGGAGUCGCGCGCGGAGCAGCUCAAUACCAAUCUGGAGGUGGCGGUGUCCCGGGCCGACCAGGUUCAGGUCGCGCGCGCUGCGUUGGAGGCAGCUACCGUGCACGACCUGGCGGCGGCGAAUGGGCAGGUCGCGCAACUAACAGCCGCCAAGGCUAGCCUGCAGCAGCGCGUCACAGAGCUGGAGGCGCAGCUGGAGGGCCUGAAGACGGAGCGCGCCUCUCUGCAGGGCCGCGUAGAGGAGCUCACCACAGCCGCUGACGCCACCGCGGCCCUACAGGAGCAGGCUCUUGCAGUACACACCGGUGAGGUCAAGGCGGAGCGCGAGCGCUCUGCUGAGCUGCUUGCGGACCUGGAGAGCCUGCGCGAGAGAGUUGCCAGCCUGGCCGCCGCUCAGACCGAGCUGCAAGCCCGUGUUGAGGAGCUGAGCUCGCAGCACCAGGCGGCGGAGGCCCGCGGCGACAGCCUAGAGCAGCAGCUUAAGACCGCGGAGGACGAGGCGGCGUCGCUGACGGCCCAGCUGAAGGCAGCGCAGGCGCGUGUGGAGGAGCUGGAGCAGAGCCUUGAGCUAGCCAACGAGGAGGCGGCCACUAUGGCGAACAGCGUGCAGCAAGCGGAGGCGCGGGCCACGGACCUGCAAGCAGACCUGGAGGCGGUGCAGGAGCAGUCGGAGACGCGUGGCGCGGAUGUGGAGCGCUUGGAGGCGCGUGCGCGCGUGCUGGCAGAGCAGCUGGAGGCGGCGACCGAGCAGGCGCAGAUGCAGAAGGCGGAUGCGGAGUAUGAGCAGGAGCAGCUGCAGUCGCGGCUACGUGAUGCGGAGGAGCGUAUUGAGGUCAUGCAGUCCCGCUCGGUCGCUGAAGCUGCGGCGAUUCGCGCGCUGGGCAACGCGCGUGUGGACGAAGUGCGCGACGAGCUUCUGGCUGUGGAAACCGCCCUGGCGCACGCACAGCAGCAGAACAGGGACCUGUGGGCGCAGCUAGACGCGGUUGCUGACACGGUUGAGCGGGAGGCGCCCGCCGGCUUCGGCCCAUCAUCACUUCGUGCCAGCCUGGAUGUGGGCGCCGCUCGUGGCGUUGGCGCUUUGGAAACGCCGUUCUCUCGCUCUGUCCCGUUGCCUGGCGCCGACGGCAGCAAGGUCGGUGCUGCCGGCCACGUUGAGGAAGCCUCGCUAUCUCCUGUGCCGGAGGAGGUUUCAGAGAAGGCGGGUGGCGACAGCGGCGCGGCUGCCACUGCUGCGGCCGGCGUGGUUGCCUCGCCCGUUGCGCGCCCACGGACCAGCUCCGCCGGCUCCAUUGGGACGCCUGUCAAAACCCCAAGCGGCAAGGGCGCGGGAGCCUGGAACCGGCCCCUGAACUUCAAGGACGCGCUGCUGCAGGGCGCCGCGCGAUCCGCCGCUGCGGCGGCGCAGGGCGUCGGCACGAUGCCAAUGUCGCCUGCCGGCAAGGCACCGUCGCUGCGCGGGCGCCUGUCUGACGCGAGCCUUGGCAACAUCGUGGUUCCCUCCGGCUCCCUUGAAACCGGCCGCCUGGGCAGCAGCGCUCUGGGCCUGGCUGCGAGCCUCGACUUCGCAGACACGGCUGCCAUGGCCGCGGCGCCCUCGCAGCCAGGCGCUACGGAGCAGGCGGCAGGAACUGUCGAGCAGGGCUCCAGCGCUGCGGCCACGCCGGCGUCGGCGGACAAGUCGCGUGCUCAGGGCCUUCAGCUGCUGAACCCCGACCGCGAUGCCACUGGCUCGGGCACCGUGACGCCCACCAACGCCGCUUCCGAGCGUGGCUCGGAGGUGGGCGAGGAGGAGGGCCUGGCGGCUGAGGAGGAGGGCGCUAUGGGCCUGUCUGGCGGCGUUGGCGCGGCGGGACGCAAUGGCCCUGUGCCGGACGUGGCGGCCUCUGUGUCGCAGUGCCUGGGCGCUAUGCGCGCGCAAGCACGUACCCUGCAGGACCGCUUGGAGUCCGCGACUGCGGAGCUGGCGGACCUGCGGCAACGCCUGCACGACACCUCCACUGAGGUUGCAGCCACCUCACGGCACCUGUAUGACGUCGAGGCCGCUAAGGCGGAAGCAGACGACGCCGCGCGCAAGCGGCAGGCCGCGCUGCAGCAGCAGCUUGCGGCGGAGGCGGAGCGACUGGCGGCGGCGCUGGCCGACACCAAGGCCGCGCAGGAGGCGCAGCGCAAGCUGGCGGACGAGGUAGAGGGGCUGAAGAGCACGCAGGCAGACCUCGAACAGCAGUUGGUGGCGGCCGCAGCUGCGCAUGAUCACCUGGAGCAACAACUCGUCACCGCGACCGCGGAACGCGAUGCGUUGCGUGUGGAGCUGGCGGACACUGUUAAGGCGCGCGACCAGCUGGUGGCGGAUCUGGCAGCUGAGACGCAGGCGCGGACGGAAACGCAGCAGCGCCUCGGCGAGGCAGAGCGGCGGGCGACGGAGCUGCAGGAGCAGUUGCAGGAGUCGGUGGCUUGCUGCGCUCGCCUCGAGUCUGAGCUGGCGGGGGCAAAGGACGAGAUCAAGGACCUCAAGGCGGAGCUACAGCAGGCCGCCGACACCCAGGCCGACCUCAGCCGCAAGGUGCACGCCUCAGAGGAGCUUGCUCGUGACCGUGCCGACAACAUCUACACCCUGCAGUCCAAGCUGGCAGAUGCAGAGACGUCCCUCGCCAGUGCCCGCUGCGCCCAGCAAGCGCUCCAGGGCGAGAUGGAGCGUGCUGUGCCUGUGGUCAUGUCGCGCAGCGCGCCAGGCCCGGCCGCCACUGGCAGCUGGGACAGCCUGCAGCAGCAGCUGACUGGCCUCCUUACUGCCAAGGCGGCGUCUGAGCAGGCGCUGUCCAAGGCCGCGGACAAGGAGCGCGAGCUGACUGAGGAGCUGCAGCGCCUGGGCGAGGCGAAGGCCGCAGCCGACAGCCAGCUGGCCGAGGCUGCCACUCAGGUGCAGGCGCUGGAGCAGCGGAUCAUGGAGCUGGACGCCUCGGUGUCCCAACUGCAGUCUCGGCUGGAGGACACGGAGGCGCAGCACGCGGAGCUGCAGCUGCGCUAUGACGACCUUGCAGCGGCCAAGGCGCAUGCCGACAGCCAGCUCACCGCCGCAGCCGAUCUGGAGGCCUCGCUGCGGAAGGAGGUCGCCGAUCUGCAGCAGGACAACGCGGCUGCCGUGUCCCAGGCGUCGUUGCUGGAGUCCAGCAAGGCCGCGCUGGAGGCGACGGUCGCGGAACUAUCCGAGUCACACACCAACCUGCAGCGACAGCUGUCAGAGGUGGCGGCAACGCGAGCGUCGUUGGAGCGCGAACGUGACGAGCUGGCGGCGGCUAAGCAGGCGGCCGAUGCUGACCUGGCCGCUGUUCGUGAAGAGCGCGACGGCCUGUCGCAGCAGCUCGCGUCUGUCCACUCGGAGCUCGCCCAGACGUCCGCCGAGCGUGAGGCGCUGGAGCAGCAGCUAUCCGAGGCCAAGGCCUCGGCGGACCGUGAGCGCACCGCUGCCAGGGAGAUCGGCUCCGCAGCAGAGGAGCGUGUGGCUGCGCUUUCCACCGACCGCUCCGCGACGCAGGCGCUCCUCGACGCCGCCAUGGAGCGCAAGGCCGAGCUGGAGAGCCGGCUUGCGAAGACGACUGCGCUGAACGAGGAGCUGCAAUCUGAGCUGUCAGCAGUGCGCGAGGCUAAGGCUGGGGCCGAGGACCAGCUGGCAAGCACCUCAUCCAGGCUGGCGGCGCUGGAGGUCCAGCAGGCGCAGCAGGCGGCUGAGAUCAGCGCUCUGGAAGACAGCCUUGCCAAGGCCUCCACGGACCAGGUCCGGCUGGAGGCCGAGCUGGAGGAGGCAAAGGCAGUGACUGGCGAGCUGGCUGACUCCCGCGAGGCGACCGCGGCCCUGGCAUCGCAGCUGUCUGCGGCCGAGGCAGCCACGGCGGCGCUGGAGAAGCAGGUGCACGAAGUUGAGGCGGCCCAUGCAGAGUCGCAGCGUGAUCUGACGGCCGCGCGGGAGGCGCUUGCGCAACUGGAGGCGGAGCUGGCGGAGACGGAGGCGGCAGUCGAGCGCCUGCAGCAGCGCCUGGCCGAGGCCGAGGAGAGUCGUGACGAGCUGCAGCAGCAGCUGGCGGCUGCAGACGAGCAGCGCGCUGAGCUAGAGGAGCAGCUGCAGGAGGCCGUGACUGCCCGCCAGGCGCUGGAGGAGGAGUGGCAGGCCGCCGACGGUGAGCGCAGUGCGCUACAGGCUGAGCUGGCGGAGGUCAAAGAGGCCGCAGCCGACACAAACACGCGGCUGCGGGAGGAGCUGGAGUCCCUGGCCGCGGCACGUGAGCGGCUGGCGAACGAGCUGGAUGAGGCGCGCUCGGCGCUUGCCGACACGCAGGCACAGCUGGAGGAGGCUCAGGAGCAGCAGGCGGAGGGUGCCCGGCAGCUGGCAGCCAAGGGCCAGGCGCUGGAGCACCUAGAGCGCGACAUGGCGGGCGUCAUUGAUGCCAAGCUGCUGGUGGAGCAGCAGUGCCGCGAGCAGGGUGCGGCCCGGGAGGCACUGGCGGGGCAGCUUGACGACGCGCAGUCGCGGCUACAGGCGCUGCAGGCGGAGCUGGAGGGCCUUGAAGGCCGGUUGGAGGCGGUGUCGGCCACAGCGUCAGGCCGGAUUGCGGAGCUGGAAGCAGACCUCGCGGCAGCUCGCGCCAAGAUCGCACAGCUGGAGGCGGAGGUGGCGGACCUGCGCCAGCAGCUUGCUGAAGCAGGGGCAGAGGCAGCAAGGAGUGCGGCGGAGGUCGCGUCGCUGACUGCUCAGCUGCAGGAGCUGGAGAGGGCACAGGCGGAGGCCUUAAACAUGGCGGCUGGCUCGCAGGAGCAGGUGCAGGCACAGCUGUUGGCGGCGCAGCAGCGGCUAGCGGAGCUUGCUGGCAGGUUGCGGGCCACGGAGGGGGAGCGUGAUGCCGCGCAGGGCGAGGCUUCGGAGCUGAAGGAGCAGCUGGCGGUUAUUGCACGGCUUCUGGAUGAGGACGCUGCCAUGGGCGUGCAAAGCAGGUCGCUGCCCGCAUCUGGUGGCAGCGAGCUGGCCUCAGCUGUGGUUGGGCUGCGCGCCAGCAUGUCGGCACGCGCCGCGGCUGCCGAGCAGGACGCAGCCAAGCGCGCCGCACGCGCCGCCGACCUUGAGGCGGAGCUGGCCCAGCUUCAGCGACAGCUGCAGCAGAAGGAGGAGGACGCCGCAUCGCGUGCCACCGAGCUGGCUGCGGCGCUGGAGAAGCUGAAGGCACUGGAGGUGGACAUGGCGGCGAAGGAAAUAGAGGCGGUUGAGCGAGAGGCAACCGCCACCGACAGCGCCAUUCAGCAGGUGGAGGCCCUGACGGCUCACGUCAACGCCCUGCAGACGGCCCACCGGGCUGAGCUGCAGUUGGCGGUUGACAAGUCGGUGGACCUGGCGGCGGAGCUCGACGCGACCACCGCCGAGCUGGCUGCCACGCGUGAGGCCCUUGCUGCUGCCGCUGAGGAGGCUGCCGCCGAGCGCGAGCGCAUGGCCGCAGUGGAGGUGGAGCUGGGCAACGUGGAGUCGCAGAUGCUGACGUUGCGGCAGGCCAUCGUGGACACCGAGGCUAUGGCCGACCUGCUGCGUGCAGAGCUGGCGGAGGCUCGCGCCGCACUGGCCGACACCGAGGCCCAGCGCAACGCCGCCGAGCAAGGCCUGCAGGCAGCCAAGGCGGACGCCUCCGUCGCGCGCGGCGAGCAGCAGCACACAGCUGCAGAGCUCAGCCGCCGGCAUGCAGCAGCGGUACAACAGGCGGACGGGUUGCGGGCCGAGCUGGUGGCGGCACAGACGGAGCUUGGCGCUCUUCGGACGCAGCUUGGCGACCUGCGGGAGCAGCUGCACGCCGCUCAGGCUGAGCGUGACACUGCGGCGUCCCGGCUGGCGGCGGCGCAGGGCGAGGUGGACGCGGCUGCAAUGCGGCUUGCGGCGGCGCAGGAGCUGGUUGACGCCAAGCGCUCCGAGGCUGAGGGUCUGGAGCGCCGCCUUCAGGCAACGACCGCGGACCUGUCUGUUGCUCGUGAGGACCUGGCAGCCGCCCGCGCGGAGCUGGCCGGCGCGCGCACUGAGCGUGACAGUGCCCAGCACCACCUGGACGGCGUCCGUGCUGUACUGGCUGCCAUAGAAGAUGAGCGCAGCAGCUCGGCUGCGGCAGCGGCAGCAGCUGCCGCGGCCUCCGCCACUGCGGCGCAGGAGCAGCAGCGCGUAGUCAUGGUGCAGCAGCGAGAGCUGGAUCUGUCCCGUGCCAGCGAGGCUGCCCGCGUGGCUGAGCACCUGGGUGCAAUGGAGCAGCGCGCGUCGGACCUGUCCCGCCAUGCCGACGACCUGCAGCGGCGGCUUGACCUGACCGAGGAGCGCCUGCAGGCCGAGCGGGCGGACGCUGCAGCGCAACGCACGCGGUCCGAGGUUCAGUUAGCGGCGGCGCGCACUGAGGCCGACGCAGCGCUGGCGGAGCGGGCCUCCGCCCUGCAGCAGCUGGCGGCCGCGCGGGCUGAGGCUGCGGGACUUGAGCAGCGACUGGAGCAGGCGCAGGCGCAGAUGGAGGCACUGCGCCGACAGCUAGCUGACCUAGAGGGCCGGCAGCGCGCUGACGCCGACGCCGCGCGCGAGCGUGUCGGCGAGGCGGGCAAGCUGCGUGCAGAGCUGGGCGCAGCGCAGGCCGAGGUUGCCGCGCAGCAGUCGCACGUGUCCACGCUGCAAAGCGAGCUUGCGGCGCUGAGGGCGCAGCUGGCUGGCGCGCAAAGCGAGCUGGCGGCAGCGCAGGUGGAGCUGUCGGCGCUGGCCUCGCAGCGCGAUGCGGCUGAGGUCAAGGUGGCCAGUGCACACGCUGACCGCGAGGCGGACGUGCUGCAGCUGCACAACCUGCGCGGUGACCGGGCCGUCCUGGAGGCGGCGCUGGUGCCGCUUGAGGAGCGCGCCGCGGCGCUGGAGCGGCAGGCGGAGGAGCUGCGACGGCAACUGGCGGACGCGGAAUCGCGACUGGCAGCGGAGCAGGUGGCCGCGUCGGCGGCGCGGGCGCGGCAGGAGGCGCAACUGGACGCGGCACGGGCAGACCUUGCGGCGGCGGCUGCGGCUCGCGAUGCCGCGACGCAGCAGCUGGAUGGCCUGCGUGUGGAGCUGGUGUCGGCGGCGAGCGGCCGCGCGGCGCUGGAGGCGCAGGCGCGGUCGGCGCAGGCUCGUGCCGAGGGGCUGCAGCAGCAGCUGGCGGCGGUGCAGGAGCAGGCAUUUGCGGCGGAGUCAAGGCUGUCGGCGGAGCGCUCCGAUGCGCACGCCGCCCGCAGCCAGGCCGCCACCAUCCGGGCGGACAUGUCGGCGGCCAUGGCGGAGCGUGAUGCCGCCGUGCAUCAGCUGGCGCUGCUGCGGAACGAGCUCAGCUCUGCCCGCUCCGAGCGCGAUGCGUUGCAGCAGCAGGCAGCCACAGCCGCCGGCGCGCGGGCGGGCCUGGAGGAGCAGAUCCGCGGCCUGGAGGCACGAGCGGCGGCGCUGCAGCACGAGCUGGAUGCGCUGGGCGGGCUGCGUGAGCGGCUGUCGGCAUCCGAGGCGGCGCUGGCGGCGGAGCGCAAGGCGGGUGCGGCGUCGGCCGCGGCCCUGGGCUCGCUGGAGGGCCAGUUGGCGGCGGCCAAGGCUGAGCUGGCGGCGGCGCAGUCCAGCAACAACGUGGUGCAGCGGCAGGUUGGCGAGGUGCAUGAGGAGCUGGCCACGCUCCGCCGCGACCUGGCCGCAUCCACGCGCGAGCUGGCGUCGCAGCACGCGGUCACCGAGGCCCGCAUUGGCGAGAUGCAGGCCAAGGUUGCACAUGCACGUGCGCUGGCUGCCGAGCGCGCCGAGCACAUCAAGCAGCUGGAGUCGGAGCUGGCGUCGGCCAAUGCGGCGCUGGCGGCAGCUACGCAGCAGCUGCGCGACCGUGACCGCGACGCCAAGGCCAUGGUGAACGGGCUGGAGGCGGCGCUGGAGGCCACUCGCGCCACCCUGGAGGCCGAGCGCGGCCGCAGCCUACAAAAGUUGAAGGACCUGCAGCAGGCCGAGUUGGCCGCUAAGCAGCAGCUUAAGGAGGCGCAGGACGAGACAGCUGCGGCGCGCGGCGGCCAGCAGGCGGCGCAGGCGGCAGCCGCUGCCGAGCUGUCGGCGCUUCGUGAGGAGCUGGGCGAGAUGCAGCGGGCAAUGCGGCAGGCAGACGAGGCGGCAGCCGCCGCGCGGCAGCGCGCUGCCUUCCUGGACGCCCAGGCGGGCGCGGCACGGGCCGCCGAGGCAGACGCGCAGCGGGCUCUGGCGGAUGUAAAGCGUGACGCCGGGCGGCAAGAGGCCGUGGCCGCCAGCCGCAUUGGCAGCCUUGAGGCUGGGCUGGCGGCUGCUCAGGACCUGGUGAAGAGCCUGGAGGGCCGCGAGCGGCGGUCAGAUGAGGCUGCUCGCGCGGCACAGAGCGAGGCAUCCAGUCUGGCCAGGCAGCUGGACGCAGAGCGCAGCAAGACUGCCCGCAUGGAGCCUCGGCUGGAGUCGCUGCAGGCUCAGAUCGCCGCGCUGCAGUCGGAGCUGCGCCACACACAGCAGGCACUCCGUGGCUACGAGUCCCACGCGCCGGGCCUGGAGGCCGAGAUCCGGGAGCUGCGCGAGGUGUCUGCGGCGGCCACGGCGGAGAACGAGCGGCUGCAGCUGCAGCUGGACGGGCUGGUGGAGCAGCUCAGCCGGCAGACGCGGCAGCUGCGCAUUGCGCAGGAAGGCACGCAGCUCCUCAAGAACGAGGUGGAGGCGCUACAACCCACCGUCAACCAGCGGGCCGUGGGCAGCUCCCGCGGCAGGUCUGCGGAGCGCCGCAACGCGCCCUCCAGCCGCACGCCAUCCUCGGGUGGUGUGGGAACUGCCACCACAACUCGGGUGCCGGCCGCAAACGGCAACGCGGGCAGCAUCCUCGAUGACGGCGCCCGCAUGAUCCUGCGCAAGCCCAACCAGCAGCCAUUCAACGCCACGGCGCCUCUGCGCGUGCCUGACCAGCCGGUAGCUGCCGCGGCCGCCCGCGUGGCCGCCCAUCGCUUGUCCUCUGGCGGUAGUGGCGCCGACGGGGCCGCGCCAGGCAGCGCCGCUGCUGCCCAGAAGCCAGCGGCAGCGGUUCGCCGCCGCUCCGCAUCUGUGGAGCGGCAGCCUGUGAAGGCGCCAGUGGCGGCGGACCUCCAGCAUCAGCAGCAGCAGGCGGUGGCGCCUGCGGGGGCUGCGCCUGGCAGGAUGCAGCAGCGGCUGCAGGAGGAGGCGCUGCAGCUGCGGCAGGAGGUGGUGGAGGACAGCACCCGCGUGCGGGCGCUGCAGGAGAAGCGCGCUUCCGGCGACCCCCUCACGCGGGCCGAGGCCAUGGAGAUGGAGCUGCUGACGGCGCGCAUGGCGGCGCACCGCGCGCGCAUCGCCUCCAUCAUGGAGAACGUCAAGGUAGCUAGGCAGCAGCAGGAGAAGGAGAGGGAGAAGCAGCAGGCUUCAGGGCUGGGCCUGGGUGGUGAAGCGCUGCCCGCAGACACCCAGCAGCAGCACGCGCACGCGACGAUGACGAUGCAUGUGGAGGCUGGGCUGGGCGGGGGGGAGCAUGUGCCUCGCGCGGUUGGGGGCGGUCCCGUGCAAGCUGCCGAUCCUGCCGCCGCUGCUGCUGCUACUGCCGCUGCGCGGCAGGUGACGCACUUGCCCCACCCGCCGCCGCACCCGCCCACAGUGACCGACGCCGCCGAAAGGGCGGCGGCGCCGCAAUACAGCCUGCGGCACGAGGCGGCGGGGGCGGGGCUGCAACCGCCCACGGCCAGCCACUCCCUGGGAAUGAGUCACGCACAGCACAGCCCUUACCACGUGGCGCGGGAGCAGGAGGCGCAGUCCCAGCUGCGAUUCUUUGAUUUAGAGAGUAGAGCGGAGCCGGCGGAGCUGGAAGCUGGUGGUGCCGUUGACGGUCCGCCGUCACAGCCGCGAGGCCGUGAGUCGGCUUCCCGACGCCACGGCUCUGGCUUACGGCCGGAUGCGACAUCACCCACGCACCAUCGCAACGCAAUGCCCGCCGCCAGCAGCACCGGCAGCGUCAGCCCGGGGCACUACAACGCGCGCUCGCUGUCGCCGUCUAACCACAGCAUGCGCACCGGCGGCGGCGAGGCGGUGGUGCCGUGGUACCCGCCGGGUGGUGCGGUGGCGGCAGCAGCGCACACGGCCAGGCAUGCAGCCUCGCCGGCGUCGUCCAUGCAUGGCGGCCCGGCGGGGUCGGUCCGGGGUACGCCCGCCCGCAUGCGCUCGGCGGCGGCGUCUGACGCCGGCGGCGGCGAUGACAUGGCGGAGUCGGCUGCUGGCGGCGCGGCGGCGGGAGGCGGCGGCGGUGGCGGCUCGCGCUACCGCAGCCCGUACCUGACACAGACUCUGGCGUACCUGCCGGCUGUGGUGGCGGGUGGCAACGGCCGGCCGGCGGCGGGGCCGUCGCCGUCGCGGCCGCGGCCCAGGCUGCAGCAGCAGCCGGUCAGCGGGCACUUCGAUGAGAACGACCCCGAGGGCGUGCUGUGGGUGCCGGCGCAUGUGAUCACGGCCGCCGGCGGCGGCCAGGAAUGGAGCGCGGGCGGCGCGGCCAGCCCUGUGCCGGCGCGUGGCGGUGGUGGCGGCAGUGGGGGUUGGGCGCAGCAGCGGGAGCAUGAGCCGCUGUUCAUGCCAUCGGGCAUUGGUCCGGGCCUGAAGAGCCCACCGCGCCCUUGAAGUUGCAGGGCUGUUUAGGACGGAAUAUUGGAAAUGCGGUAGGUAGCGGUACGCAAGCUAAGGCUGCGUGCUUGGUGCUGAACUACCAAUGCAGUUAUCGCGGGCGAAAGUUCAUAGCAACUUAGAGUAUUGUGUGUUUGCCAUGACUUCGGGUAUGGUGCCGAUGCCUGCAAACGUCACACACAGAGUGUUGAACUGAGUUACGGGACCUAGUAUGGAACCGAAGUCAGAUGCCGUGACCAAACGAAAUGGCUGCGUGAUUGACGCUUGGCGUUGCGCAUGAACUGCGCCUCAUUGAACCGGUGCAGACAAUUUCAUUCUACUAAACAAAGCCAUUCAACCAGUUAGCUAUCGCUGUUUAUCGCUUGCUGCGGUGAUGCGUGUCACGCUAUCAGUCUAUCACGCACGCACCUUGCCCACUAGUGGGUGUGUAAAUGGCGGUGCUAGACAGCUGGAGAGAACAGCAGCAGUAGCUCUGGGGUCAACUGGGCUGACUAACGUACAAGUCCGUACCUGUGAGGGCAGACUACGGGAGGCCGGGUACCGGAGGGGGCUGAGGAUAGGCUGGUAUGGGCAGUUCC